AUGAAUAUUGGUCUGGAUCCGGCGGAACCGUACUUCCAAAACACUGACCCAAGAGUUCGUUUGGAUAAAAACGAUGCACUCUUUGUGGAUGUCAUCCAUACGGACGCCUCCAGUAUUAUUACGGGUGGUUUUGGUAUGAGUCAGGGGUGCGGACACGUGGACUUCUACCCCAAUGGAGGUUGGCGACAACCGGGUUGUAACGAAACACCUCUGAAGACAGUGUUUGACUCGAUAGGCAAAGAGAGGAAUGUCAUCCAUGGAAUUCGUCGUUUCAUUGGGUGCUCACACGCUCGGGCGGCCCUCCUAUUCACAGAAUCCAUAAACACUGAUUGUCCAUUCAUGGCAUACGAGUGCUCUACUUAUGAGGAAUUCGCUUCAGGUCUGUGUACUAAAGGCAAGAAUCCGUGUCUAUCGAGUCAUAAACUAUUGGAUAACAAUAGUUAUAGCAAUAGAAGCGAUCGAAACGAUUUGCAGACUUUACCGUCAUUGCAAUGUUUGCAAAUGGGAUUCAAUGCACACAAAAGCUGGACAUCGCUUCAUAAAUACAUGAAUAUCAAUACAAACCCACAAACCGUCAGAACUGAUAGCAAAGCGGCUAAGAGUGAGACUUCAAAGGAGAAUAAGUACUUCCUGUGGACGGCUGAUCGCAGUCCUUACUGUCUCUUUCAUUAUCGCAUUCAAGUACUGUUGAGGUAUGAUAUAAGUGGCAGCUCUUCAUUGCCUGAAAAGACCCGUCUCUUCGUACAAGUCUUCGGAACUAAAGGAUUCACUCCAGCACUCGAUGUGACCAAAGAAACACAGUUCAGCGAAAACAUUGAUUUUGUCAUAAGCUCUGCGAACAUCGGAACUGUAGUACGAGUGGAACUGCAGCUUAAGUCGAGUCCGGCUUUAGUGAUGAAUCCGUUGAGAUGGAGAUUAAGUGACUCCAACGAUUCCAACCAAAUCUAUUUGAUCCAAAUCACUGUCACUAAUCUCGAGAGUGGCAAUAAGUAA